GUUAUUGAACACUUCGCAGUAUUUAAAGGUGUACACUUGCGUAUGUAUAUGAGCAUUUACGCAGGCAUUUGUGUUAGCUUUAAAUGGAGACUAAAAAAUUAUCCUUUUUACAGUGAAUAAAAUGGUCGGACCAUGACUUACUUUUGAAAAUAUGACUGUCGCUGGGUCCGCCCGUCCCUACCCGGGCUACAAACCACCCACAGCGUCACCGUCUCCGCGACCUAUCGCCCGUGUAAAACCCGAGGCAGCCGAAAACGCCUUUCAAGCGCGCGGCUCAUUAGAGCUGACAUACGGAAUUUCCGGCAAUAGAACCCCAAAGCCGGAACCUAAGUGCCAAGGUGCGAGCGCUAGAAGGAACUAUGUCGCUGGCCAAGGUUCCGUUGGGAAGCUCAUGGGCGGGAGGCCAACGCCGAGGCUGAAUCUUGCGCCAACCGCCGUCCCGCGCGUGAAGCCGGAAGCCGCCGCUACCGCCGAGUUACACGCUGGCGGAAGGACCAGAGAGUUAUUCCUGAUGCAAGGUCAGUUGCCUCUGUCCCCACCGCCCGCACCGAGGGUUAAACCGGAAGCAGAACCUAUUGCAGAGGAGCACAAGGGUGGCCGCAUGGAAAAGCUUAUUCACGAUCCAGAGAAACUUCCGGAAACGCCCCGUGAACCGCCGAGAGUAAAACCGGAAGCUGCAAAGACUGCAGAACUGGGAGCUGGGCCUCGCAUGAAUAAAUACAUUCAUAAAUACGCUACGCCGCUUUCAUCACGUGCUGUUCCGAGAGUAAAGCCGGAGGCGGAGGAAAUCGCGCAAAGCCAAGCAGGGAAACCUAUGGCAAAGCUAAUAAAUUCAUACGGAAACAACAGUCCUUCGGCGCGUCCAAUGCCGAGAAUAAAACCGGAAGCAGAAGCCAUUGCAGAGCCUCACAAAGGCGAUCGUAUGAGGUGCAUAGUUCACAGCCCCAAGCGUCUUCCCAGCACUGCACGCCCGGCGCCGCGCGUUACUGAGGAGGGUAUAACAAAUGCAGACCUUAAUUCAGGAAAACAAAUCCGACGUCUGUUGCACGAAAGUGAAUCUCCGGGAACGCCAAGACCCGCAUCACGAGUGACGGCAGAUGGGGAGGAGAAUUACCAGAAAGCCCAAGGUAGCCUCGGAGUUUUGUUCGCCAGGUACGGCACACUUCCGCUCUCAGCCAGAGGGCCACCACGUGUGACUUCCGCUGGUUCGGACAUUGCAAGAAAAAGCAUGGGUGGACGUAUGUCAUGGUUACUGCAUGGGGGUAAUCGAGGUUAAAUUUUGUUAAAGCUAAGCUGGGCGACAUGUUAGUAAAACUUAUUCGUACACCGGAUGUGACCUGUCUACCGUUAGUCCAUUGCGUCUGUAUAUAAAGUUAAAUACACUUUUUAGUUUGCAAGAACAAGGGUGAGGUUUUAAAGAAUGAUAUAUUUUUAUAGAUUGCACGUUUUGUUGUUAUAGCUAGUUGAAGACUUAAUAUGCCGACUUUUGCACACAUUAUUUGCAAAUAUCCAAUAACCAAGUUGCGACAUUUUUGGGCAUUAGAGUGAGUUGCAUAUAGAGUGUUGUUUGGUAUACGUACACUUGCUACAUACAGAUCUUCAGACAAAAAGAGUAUAUAUAAAUCAACGAUUGCAUGUAUAUAGUUGUGAAUAAUUUGUUCAACAGAUGUUCAAAUUAAAAUGUACAGUCAGCUGAA